ACGGAGCGGCAAGGUGCGGACAGCCCGGGGGCAGGAUGGCGGCGCGGCCUCGGCCGCUGUCCGGGGCCCGGCGGAGUCAGAGGGGAUCGGGCUGAGGCGGCCCGGGCCCCAGCCCCAAGCGGUCUGAGAAGACAGAAUCUGGAUAACGUGAGAUGCUGCCUUAAGUCUCAGGUCCAGUGCUUGAUCUCAUGAUCAUCUGGUAUUUCUGCAGGGAAAGCAAAUCCUCAGAAGGUUUGCAACAAUGUUCGGUGCAUCCCAGUCAUCCCGAGCCCAGUUCCUGGACAAAGCACGUCAGGCGAGGGAAGAGAGACGGGGGCAGAAGGAAAAGGAGCGGGCCGCUGUCCAGAUACAGGCCCUGGUCCGCAGAUUCCUCUGUCGGUGUCGCCUACAGAGAGACAUCAGGAACGAGAUCGAUGAGUACUUUGAGACUAUUGACACCACUGGACCCUAUAAAAGAAGUGCACUCUCUCUUUUUAAGAUUGCCCGGAAGCUCUUGUUCAUAUUCCGAGCUAGAGAGGAUGAGCUGAGGUUUGGAAUGUUGUGCCGCUGCAUCCUAAGCAGCAUGGAGGCCGAGAAUGAACCCAAGGUGUGGUACGUGUCCCUGGCUCUCUCCAAAGAUCUCACUCUCCUCUGGAUCAAGCAGAUCAAAGACAUCCUGUGGAUUUGCUGCAAGUAUCUGAAGUACCUCAAGCCUGACAUCUUACAGGACUCUAAGCUGAUCUCACUGUACCUCACCCUACUUGUUAACUUCACAGACACAUCAACGUGGAAAAUUGUCCGAGGAAAAGGGGAGAACCUCCGGCCUACCAUGAACCAUCUCUGCGCCAAUAUCAUGGGGCACCUCAAUCAGAAUGGAUUGUAUUCUGUUCUACAGAUUCUGUUAAGGAACGGCCUGGCAAGGUCCAGACCGUCCCUGACGAGAGGCAUGUUAGCUGCUUCCUUCACUCUGGCUUCACGCCCCGUGGUUGCUGCUCACUUUUCGGACAAUCUCUUACGGCCAUUCCUCAUCCACAUCAUGUCAGUGCCUGCCUUUGUGGCUCAUCUCAGCGUGCUUGCCCCCAAGCGCCUCCUUGUGCUGGAGCAUCAUGACUUUCUUCGUAAGUUCAUUCUGUUUCUGAGUCGCAAGGAUCAGUGUUUGGACGUCUGUGAGUGCUUAGAAGGGAGCCACACUCUCUGUUUGCUGGGCAACAUCAUACACUUGGGUUAUCUUACGAGCAGAGUGUUAGAGGAGGAGACGAAGCAUUUUGUGAAAGUGCUCAUUGACAUGCUGUCCUACUGCCAGCAGUACGUGUCACUCAAGAGGUCUAACCUGACCCACUGGCACCCUGUCCUUGGGUGGUUCUCCCAGUCAGUGGACUACGGUCUGAACGAGUCCAUGCCUUUGCUCACCAAACAGCUGCAGUACCUGUGGGGGGUAAGGAUCAUUCGGAUCCUCUUCAAAGACAUUCUCAGCAAGAAGCUGCUAGAAAAUCCCGAGGCCAGUCAUGCGGUAGCUGCGCCAUCAACUUCCCCGCCAAACAGCCUUCCUGUGAAGAGUCUCUUCAAACGUGCGUUCCAGAAGUCCUCCUCGGUUCGGAACAUCCUCAAGCCCGUCGGCGGGAAGCGCGUGGACUCGCCAGAGGUCCAGAAGGUCUGCAGCGUCUGUGUGCUCUACCAGACCGCGCUGACCACCCUCACGCAGAUCCGACUGCAGAUCCUCACAGGCCUCACUUACCUGGAUGACCUUCUGCCCAAAUUGUGGGCGUUUAUCUGUGAGCUGGGACCUCAAGGGGGCUUAAAGCUCUUCCUGGAAUGUCUCAACAGUGACAAUGAGGACUCCAAGCGGCUGCUGGCCAUGCUGACAUUAUUCUGCGACUGUUCCCGGCACCUCAUCACAAUCCUCGACGACAUCGAGGUGUAUGAAGAGCAAAUCUCAUUCAAGGUAGAAGAGCUGAUCACCAUCUCAUCUUUCCUGAACACCUUCACCUUUAAAAUGAUCUGGGACGGCCUUGUGGACAAUGCCAAGCCGGAGACUCUGGAGCUGUUCUUCUCAGUUCAUGGGUGGCUGAUGGUACUCUACGAAAGAGACUGCCGGCGGCGCUUUGCCCCUGAUGAUCACUGGCUGCGGAAGGAUCUCAAACUCAGUGUGCUUUUCCAGGAACUGGAGAAAGACAGGAAGCGUGCCCAUCUGAUUCUGCAGUUCAUCCCUCACGUCAUUCCCCACAAAAACAGAGUGCUCCUCUUCCGGAAUAUGGUGAUGAAGGAGAAGGAGAAGCUUGGCCUUGUGGAGACCAGCUCGGCCUCCCCUCACGUCACACACAUCACCAUCCGCAGGUCCCGCAUGCUGGAGGACGGCUACGAACAGCUCCGGCAGCUCUCCCAGAACGCCAUGAAGGGCGUGAUCCGAGUGAAGUUUGUCAACGACCUGGGGGUGGACGAGGCCGGCAUUGACCAGGAUGGGGUGUUCAAAGAGUUCUUGGAAGAGAUCAUCAAGAGGGUGUUUGACCCGGCCCUGAAUCUGUUCAAGACGACUAGCGGGGAUGAAAGACUCUACCCGUCACCUACGUCCUACAUCCACGAGAACUACCUACAGCUCUUUGAGUUUGUGGGGAAAAUGCUGGGCAAGGCCGUGUACGAGGGCAUUGUGGUCGAUGUGCCUUUUGCAUCCUUCUUCCUAAGCCAGCUGCUGGGACACCAUCAUAGCAUCUUCUACAGCUCCGUGGACGAACUGCCUUCCUUAGACGCCGAGUUCUAUAAAAACCUCACGUCCAUUAAGCGCUACGAUGGAGACGUUAGCGACCUGGGCUUAACGCUGUCCUAUGACGAAGAUGUGAUGGGCCAGCUUGUUUGCCAUGAACUGAUUCCUGGAGGGAAGACAAUUCCUGUGACAAAUGAAAAUAAAAUUAGCUAUAUUCACCUGAUGGCCCAUUUCCGGAUGCACACUCAGAUCAAGAACCAGACUGCUGCUCUCAUUAGUGGAUUCCGCUCUAUUAUCAAAUCUGAAUGGAUUCGAAUGUUUUCAACCCCUGAGUUGCAGCGCCUGAUCUCUGGGGACAAUGCAGAGAUUGACCUCGAAGACUUAAAGAAGCACACGGUGUACUAUGGUGGUUUCCAUGGGAGUCAUCGAGUCAUCAUCUGGCUUUGGGACAUUCUAGCCAACGAUUUCACCCCUGAUGAGAGAGCCAUGUUUCUGAAGUUUGUGACCAGCUGUUCCAGGCCCCCACUUUUAGGAUUCGCCUACCUCAAGCCUCCUUUCUCCAUCCGUUGUGUCGAGGUGUCAGAUGACCAGGACACGGGAGACACUUUGGGCAGCGUGCUCAGGGGCUUCUUCACCAUCCGCAAGAAGGAGCCGGGGGGCCGCCUGCCUACCUCCUCCACCUGUUUCAAUCUGCUCAAGCUGCCCAAUUACAGCAAGAAGAGCGUUCUUCGGGAGAAGCUUCGAUACGCCGUCAGCAUGAAUACGGGCUUCGAGCUCUCCUGACCCCCCCCUCCCCUCCCAGCUUUGAGCUCUCCUGACCCCCCCCCCUUCGAGCUCUCCUGACCCCCCCCUCCCCUCCCCUCCCCCGGGCUCGGUGGGCGGCCUAACCCAGGAGCGGGAGCUGGUGAGUGACUAAGGGCCUCCAGAAAGCUGCCGGCGAUCCCUUACAAACAGACCUUCCCACACUCUUGAGAAGGCAGGCCUUGGAGAGAAGGGGCAUGGGGAUUUGCCCAGCGCAGCUGGGAGCCUGAUGUAGACUUGGGCCCGAUGCGUCCUGCCCUCCCCUGACCCGAGACCUAAGCCUUGUGUCUGGAGACGCUUUGCUUCUGUCCCGUUUUGGUGUGUCUGUUUUGUCUCAUUCGGUUCUCUCUCGUUGUCUGGAAGCCCUUCUAAGCAAGGUGGUGCUGUGAAGGCCCCUAGGAAUCCCUCCUCCCCCGCCCCCAGCCUGCUGCAUUAGACCCUUCACUCAGGUCAGGCUCUGGCCGUGACAUCCUAAGCCAUCACGCACCAAGCAAGACCCUCCACCUGCACCAGACAGAGCCGCUUGUGGGCGGCUGAACACAUUUGCUUUGUCAGUAACUGAGGCAGCUCACUGGUGGGGACCGUCUCUCAGGCAGCCCCGGAGAGCAUCAGCCACAUGGCGAAGGACCCCGAGGCUGCUGCUUCCUGGGAGUCGAGCCAGUGGUGGACUGUUCCUGCCCAACAUGACUGGGAGAGUCCUGGGGGCCCUGCUCUUGUCUGUACCUCAGCUGCAGCCUGGAGGGCCUGUUCUGCAUCUGGGAAGCCCUGAGCUCUGUACCGUCCCCACUCCUGAGUGACCAUCCGGCUCGGCAAAGGCCCUCGCUCACCCUAUUAAAAGAAAGUACUCAAGCCUGAUGCCUUCUUACAGAAAUGACCCCAGAAUUUAGAUUCUACUCUAGGGGCACAGAUGCUCGCACCGUGUCUUUCCACGCAGAGCUUCUUGGGUUGGGUUCUUUGUAUAUUGUGACACCCCCUUAGCAGGUGGAGCUGUCCGUCCCUCCCCAAGGCCUUGUUUUCCAUCACUUUGUAUGUCCCCAGACACGUAGAGGGGGAGCAGCUCCUGCCCCAAGGUGGGCUCAGCUGCCCCCCUUCCCAUCUCUUCUGUGAUGAGAACCCAAGAAGUCACAGCCCUGCCCAAAUUGUCCCUCUCCACACUACAGACUUUGUAUUGUCAGAUGAAGCUUAAAGCUAUCGCCUUCCCCUCUUGCUGCUCAAAAGCGCCACGUCCCUGCAGAGGUGAACAGCAUGGGACACUCGGUCUCCAGUGAGUGUGGGUAUCUUGGUUCCCUUUUGCAUGGUGGCAUCAACACUUUGAGCUCAUUCUUUACCACCAUCAUGAGAAUGCUGCUCUUUGUAGCUGGGAGCAUCCGUGGCAUCUGGGCUGGCCCUGGUCGGGUCAGCAGAAGGCUGCAUACCCUCCCUUUUGAGCUGUCCAGGGUGUGAGUAGCUACAGCAUGCAGACCUGCCUCCCCACCCAUCACGGGCAGCGGUGUCCUGCCCACUCUGGUGUCUGCAGAGCUGGGCCUGGCGGGACCUUCAUACAAGCAGUGAGGCAACGAGGCCUCCUGCACCAGCAGCUUGUCAGGGAGCAGGUAUUUGGAGAAGGAGCCUGGGUCACCCCACAGGUGCAUGCCUGUGAAGAGAGGUUCGUUUUGGGGACAGUGUCAUGAACAACCAAAUUUAAAAGCCACAGAUCCCCCUCCCCCCCAAGUUGUUAACUUUCUAAUUCUACCAACUGAAAAGAUCUUGUUUCAAUCGACGAUGCCAUCCCCUUUUGAUUCCAAUGACUACUCCAAGAUCGUGCAUGUGCACAUAGGGACUCCUACUUUGAAAAACCUGAUGUGGUUUUCGUUCUGGAAGACCGAGCUCAUCCGCCAUUUUGACUUUCAUUUCCAGUGGAUAGGGAUGGGAGUGUCAGGCAGGCCAAGGAGGGAGAGGCUUCUGUGUCACCGUAUAAAACUUUCAAUCUAAGUAUUGCACUAUCCAAAAUGCUGAUGUAUAAACCAUGAUUCUUGAAUAUUCGCACCCUGACUGAUGACUACAAAAAGGUGUGUUUUUUUUUCAUAACUAACUAACUAACUUAUGUAUUAAGAUGUGAUCAGAGGCUUUAUUAAAUUUUUACCUCACUGGA